AUGGCCGCGGGCGACAGCUUCCCAGCCUUGCUGGCGGUGACGCUGCUUGAGGCCUACUUCCUCCAACGCACCAUCUUCAAUCAUGAGACCUUUCGCACCGUCGUGCUGGGGACCUUGAGCGUCAAUAUCUUGCUCAAAGGCCUCUACAGUCUCAUCAUCUGGCCCUUCUUCCUUAAUCCCCUCCGCCAUCUCCCCAAGGUCCCGCAAUGCCAAAAUCAUCUUCGACUCCCCCGCGGCCGCCGGCCGUUGCACUGGAUGAGAACGAUCCCCAAUGAAGGCCUCAUCCACCUCCGCGACAGCAUCAGCCAGAGCUAUCUACUUGUCACUAAUCACCAGGCCCUGCUUGAUGUUAUGAGCACCAAUACUUACGACUUCGAGAAACCAUGGCGCGCACGCAACUUCUUGGCGCGUAUCCUGGGCUUCGGCCUCAUCCUGUCCGAAGGUCCCGCGCACAAAAAGCAACGUAAAGCCCUCACCCCGGCAUUCAACAUCAAGAACAUCCGCUCCAUGUACACCCUCAUGUGGGAUAAAACGAACCAGCUCCUGGAGGAGAUGGAGAAAGAUUUGAGCCAGAACCCCAUGGAGGGGACUAAUCCUGCUGAUGGGGUCGGAAAGCUGGAGAUGGGCGUGUGGGGGAGCCGUCUCACGCUGGAUAUCAUCGGUCCUGCUGCCAUGGGCCGAGACUUCCGCUCGCUGCAGAACAGCGACAACCCCGUCGCCGAGAGCUUCCUCCGCAUAUUAGAGCCCACUACCGAAAAAAUGGCCUUCCUGGCCAUGAAUUUCAUCCUGCCCCAGUGGAUCGCCCAGCGCGUGCCCUGGCAUCUGAACCAGGUCAUCACCAAUGAGACCGCCUUCCUUCGCAAUCUCUGUAACGACAUUGUCCGUGAGAAGCGCCAGACCCUGGCCACCUCGCAGGCCUCGGCCCAGGACCUCGAGGCUGAUAUUCUCGGCACAAUGAUGCUGGGCGGCGACUUUUCCGAUACCGAACUCGUGGACCAGAUGUUAACCUUUCUGGCUGCCGGGCAUGAAACAACUGCCAGUGCCCUAACCUGGGCUUGCUACCUGCUCACGCUGUAUCCCGACGUCCAGGAACGCCUGCGUGCCGAGAUUCGCGAGAAAAUCCCAUCCGCUGACAGCCCGAUUACCCACCAAGACCUCGAGUCUCUGCCCCUUUUGAACGGCGUCUGUCAAGAGGUCCUGCGCCUGUAUCCCACCGUGCCUGCUACCAUCCGUGAAUCGGUGCGUGAUACCACGAUUGCUGGCAAACACGUCCCUAAGGGGACACGCAUCAUCAUGUGCCCCUACGCCAUCAACCGAGCCCCGGUAUUUUGGGGCGACUCUGGCGACGACUUCGUGCCGGAGCGCUGGAUCGACACAGACAAGCAUGGCCAGCUGGUGCCCAACAACCACGGCGGGGCAUCAACCAACUUUGCCCAGAUCACUUUCCUCCACGGCCAGCGGUCGUGUAUUGGGAAGGACUUUGCUCGUGCUGAGCUGCGCUGUGCUGUGGCCGGCGUGGUCGGGCGAUUCGCGUUUGAGAUGCAGGACCCCAAGCAGGAGAUUCAUAUCGCGGGCGCGGUGACUACCAAGCCGGUCGAGGGUAUGCAUCUCCGCAUGCGUCGGGUGGGCGAGUGGUGA